AUGAUGGCCGUCACGUCAAGCUCCUCUGGCACGCUACGGUUUUGUUUCCCCACCCAUGGUGACUCCAUCCUCAGCAAAAUCAACGCUCUCAGGGAGGAGCAGCGCUUCUAUGACAUCACACUCCUCCUCAGGGGUCCACGGGGCGCCGCUGUUCAGCCUCUCCACUUCCACGGUCACAGAGCUGUGCUUGCAGGGUCCUCAGACUUCUUACGUGACCAAUUCCUGCUGCACGAAGGCCGGGCCGAGCUGAGCGUGGGUGUAGUUUCUCGUGUGGAGGUUGGCAAGAGACUUCUCCUGUCAUGCUACACUGGGCUCUUAGAGGUCCCUCUGAGCGACCUGAUUACUGCCAGUGCGCUCAUGAUGAGUCAGGUGGUGGACAGGUGUUCCCAGGCCAUCUCGCAGUACUUCGGUCCCACACUGGCUUUUUUGAAACCAGAGAGACAUUUAGAGGAGAAGGACACCCAGCAGCCACACAGCGACCAGCAGUUUACAAGCUUCAGAAAUCAGGAGGAAAGGGAUGCAGCCCAGUCCAGCACCAGCAUCCACUUCCCAGAACCAAGAGGAAGAAGCAGAGGGAGAGCAAAGAACCUGGAGAGCUACGUGGGCCACCUGAAGCAGCACAGACGGUACUUGUGUUUGGUCUGUGGGAAAGGCUUUUCCCAGAGGAUUAACCUGGCCCGCCACUUACGCGUCCACACUGGGGUCAAGCCUUUUCGAUGCCUGCUGUGCCACAAGACAUUUCCCCAAAAGGCCACGCUGCAAGACCACUUCAAUCUGCACACAGGGGAUAAGCCCCAUAAGUGUAAAUACUGUGCUGCCCAACAUAAGCAAGGCCUCAGGCGCCACCUGAAGGAUAUACAUUGUAAGAGUAGCCUGCAAAACAUGCUUGAGGAGGCUGUGCACUGAUGAUAGAUGAACAGUUAUUGAAGUGUCAUUCAUGUUAUUUAUAGUUGAUAGAUCUACUGUAUAUAACUUUUGGAAACAAGUCAAAUUACUGACCGUAACUUGCAGGGUAAUAAUUUUUAAAUGAUUUAGAAAAACCUCCAAGUACAGAUGAUCUCACUUGAUGCAACAUCAGUGUCUCCCAAUCAAUGAGUUAAUGCAUUUGCCCUGUUACAUGGCUACUGGAAAGAAGUACAUUUCCUUCUGUGCCUUCGGCAGUGUUAUCCUGAUUUCUGUAUAAUACAUUGAAUGAAGUCCAUUAUGCUAUAUAUCACCUGGCAUGUAUAAUGUUGAUUACAAUCUCAUAAUGGGUUGAGUUGGGCAUUGUUUCAAACACCUGCCUUUUAUAGGUUGUACAGCCAACUAUAAGUGUGUGUCUUUGUUCCCAUCUGCGAGACUUCUGUAAUUUACCAAGAAGAUUAGCCAUAAUUAACUUCAAGAGACAGUUUUAAGAUUCCAAAUUCUACAGUGAACAAGUUAACACUGA